AUGAGCUUGUAUUCCAAUUAUUCUGCCAACAAGCUAGAAAAACAAAUCUACAAUCCUCUGGAGGAAGAGAAGACAAUCUUCGAACUCUGGACAAAACAAAAAUCAAAUGAGAAAAUACGAGAGAUUCGUGGCAAGGAAAACAAUGGAAUAUUUAAGAUUUUGAAUGGCCCGCCUUUCCCAACGGGGUCACCGCACAGUGGUCACAUUGUCAAUGUCCUUAUGAAGGACGUAUUCACUAGGUAUGCCUAUCAAAAGAAUCUGAAUGUGGUGAGUAGUUUUGGCUGGGACUGUCAUGGACUGCCAGUGGAACAUGAAGUCGACAAGAGGCUCGACAUCAAGGAGCCUCAAGAUUUGUACCGUAUUGGAGUGUCCGACUAUAAUGAAGAGUGUCGGAAGUUUGUGCAACGGCACGUAUCCGAUUGGAAGAAUAACUUGGAUCAAAUAGGUUUAGUGGCGGAUUUAACUGCCGCCUAUUCAACAAUGAGUCGAGGGUCAAUGGAAGGCGUGUGGGGAGUGUUUAAGAAACUCUUCGAUUUGGGAUUGGUCUACAAGGACACAAAGGUUAUGCCCUAUUCCACCGGCUGUUUCACUCACUUGUCCCACUUCGAAGCAGAACAGAAUUGGAAGAUGCGACACGAAGUUGCUGCAAUAGUUGGUCUUAGAAUUGUAGAGUCUGAUGUGAGUCUCUUAAUUUGGACAGAUUCUCCUUGGAAGUUGGCAGCAAACUUUGCUGUAUGUGUGAACCCAACUUCGGUGUAUGUUAAGAUUAAAAUGGUUGUAAAUGGCCAAAUAUACAUUUUAUCUCGGAACCGACUACAUUCGAUUUUUCCAAAUUCGAAGGACUUUUCGAUAGUAGAAGAAAUUGAAGGUAAGCGCAUUGCAGACUUGAAAUAUCACCCCCUAUUCGACUAUCUGCCAGGAAGCCUUACCGUUCUCAAAGACGAAAGUAUUCGCGAAAAAGUAGGUACAGGCAUAGUGGCGCUGUGUCCUCAUUUCAAUGAAAAUGAAUAUAGGAUUUGUUUUAAGAACGGCCAGUCACCCGACGAGGCACUGUGUCCAAUAGACAGAGGUGGACGGUUUACUCAAAGGAUUAUAGAACUGGCUGGACUAACGAUUGAAGAAGCAAGUUUGUCAGUUAUUCAGAGUCUUCAGAAACGCGGACUGUUGGUGCAUCUGGAGAAUAUUGAACGAAGGAGGCAACACUGUUGGCGAUCGGAUGUUCCGCUGAUAGAAAAAGUAACAACAACUUGGUUCUUGAAGGUGGGAAGCGUUAAGACGAAGCUCAAAAAAAACAACUCGGAAAUCAAUUGGGUUCCUAGCUUAUAUAAGGGAAUAAUGGAUAAUCAGUUUGAUAAGCUGAAAGAUUGGCCAAUCGGGCGCCAUAGGCAUUGGGGAACUCCAAUUCCCAUAUGGUCAUCGCCUUCCGGAGAUGAAAUUGUCUGCGUUGGUAGUGUAGAAGAGUUGAUGCAACUGACCAACAUCAAAGAAAUAUCGGACUUGCAUAAGGAGUGUCUAGACAAGUUGCUUAUUCCAUCUAAGGUACCUGGAAAUCCACCUUUACGUAGAGUUUCUGAAGUAUUCGAUUGUUGGUUUGAAUCUGGUUCAGUGCCAAUUCUUCAGCACAAGAGAAAAGAGCAAGUGGAGUUAAUGGUUGAGGGAAAAGAUCAAAUCAAUGGGUGGUUUCUGAGUGCAUCAAUACUUUCAGCAGCACUUUCUUUACCGGCUCCAUCAAAAACUAUUGUUGUCCACGAAUUUGUUCAGGGGAACAAUGGAAUGAAGCUCUCCAAAAGAAAACAUAAUCACAACGAUACAAUUAAAAUAGCUGAGAAAUAUGGAGUCGAUGCCCUCAGAUUGUACUUGCUAAGUUUUCCCAUAGUGUCUGAAAACGGGUUUGUAUUGGAGGAACAUGAAGUUAGAAAGUUCAAGCACAAAAUAAUGGAACCGCUUUACAAAAUGGUGUAUGAUCUUAUGCCUCUUCUAGGAAAACAGGGCUGGAUUUCGUAUGGAAUUGCCCGUGAAACAGGUGAUUACGAGAACAUUUUCGAGCAAUGGAUCCUUGGGCGCACAGAAUCUUUGACACAAUUCUAUGAAAGUGAAUUAAAAUCGCAUCGUCUCCAUUUAGUUAUUCCACGUCUCAUUACCCACUUAGAAGAAUUUAAAAAGUGGUUCAUUCCAACUAUGAGUAUAGUCGACAAACUUGACCGUGUGUAUAUUUAUGUCAAUGUCAUCUUCAAAACACUCCUCGUGUUGGCCCCCUUUGCUCCAGUCUUCACCGAAUAUAUUUAUCAAAUAAUUAAACCAUGGACAUGGAACAAGGAUUUUGUGCAACUUAUUCCACUCAUCGAAGCAAGUGAUGCACUCAUCCACCCUCAUGUUGAGGUGCAAAUUUUGCGGUGGCAAACGAUUAUAGAGUUGGUGCGUGAAGCGCGGCAAAAGCACAUAAUUCCGAAUGGUUAUAGGAUAACCGAGUUGAUAGUCAUCCAUCCUUUGGAGGCGUACUUGGCUGAUACGGAUUAUUUGAAUAACACUAUAAAGCAGUUUGUCAAUGUCUUUCAAUUGACAAGGACUACAGAUCGUGCUCAGUUCGGUAUAAGUCUUAAAGCUAAAUUGAAAAAAGAUUCUCCACUGCAUCAAACUCUCAAUGCUGCUGAAUUGAAAAAGAUCACUAUUGCUAUUCAGAAGCUUAACGACAUAGAAGUGGGAGAGCUAAUUCGUGUUGGAUCUGAUGAAGUUCUCGAGCACUAUAUUUCCCUCGACGAUGUAAGGAUAUCACAUAUUUUUGAACAUGAAUUUGAUGAAAAGACCAUCGCAAUUUGCAGAGACGAUGCUUGCGUUGUUAUAAAAAUGAACAAGAAUUUAAAUUAUUAUGAGGAAGGAACACGCAUCGAGUUAGUGAGCGUUGUUCAAAAGUUCCGCAAGAAAGCCAAAGUAUAUCCAAGUGAAUUUGUAAGCUUUGGUUAUCUAACUGAAGAUGCAUGCUUAAAAAGUGCAUUCGAGAUGUUCUCUGAAGAACUAAGAAAAACAACACAUUCUGAAAUAAUGUUAAUCAAUGACGCUUAUGGAAUCAAUGAAGAGGAAGUGCGUUAUAAGGAAACUGUUAACCUUAAAGGUGUUCCUGUGGUUUUGUAUUUGUUUAAAAAGGAAGAAAAGAAGCAAUAUUAA